UGGGAUUCUCAGAGGACUCAGCACUACAGCCUGUCAUCUUUGAGUUAUUCCUCUCAAUGUACCUGAUCACUGUCACUGGGAACCUGCUCAUCAUCCUGGCCAUCCUCUCAGACCCACACCUCCACACACCCAUGUACUUCUUCCUCACUAUCCUGUCCAUGGUCGAUGUCUGCUUCACUUCCACCACCAUCCCCAAGAUGCUGGUGAACAUCCAAACGCAGAGCAGAUCCAUCAGCUAUGCAGGCUGUCUCACACAGAUGUUCAUGUUCAUAUUGUUUGUUGGAUUGGAUGACUUUCUCUUGACUGUAAUGGCCUAUGACCGUUUUGUGGCCAUCUGUCACCCCCUUCACUACAUAGCCAUCAUGACCCCCCAGCUCUGUGUGCAACUGGUUCUCGUGUGCUGGGUCUCUGCCAUCUCCCUAUUUUAUGGCACAGGACUAGGUGUGUACCUCAGUGCCAGCGCUGCCACAAAUUCAGCCUCAACUGCAGCAGCCUCAGUGAUGUAUACCGUGGUCACCCCCAUGCUGAACCCCUUCAUCUACAGCCUGAGAAACACAGACAUGAAGAAGGCUCUGAAAAGACUGUUGUUCCCUAAAUGA